AUGUUGCGUCGGAUGCUCCCGAAAGCGAGACGCAUUCAUCCCACCUUGGGUACCGUAAUGGGCGCUGUCGGACUGAUUCCAAGCCAGCGGCGUGUAGAACGUCGUGAGCGGGUGCGUCUACGACACGUCAAUUUUGACUCCAACCGCUCGCCCACUUUAGGUGCAACAGCCUCAUCAACAAGUGAGGGCCCUGAAGACGGUCAACCAACGAUUGGGGAAGCCAGAAUAAAUCAGGAUACAUUGGGUUCUAAUGAAGUCAUCGGGCGUCAGCCCGCUAAUGCUGGUGAGUCUCAUAUAUAUUGUCCAUUUGCCGAGAUCUACUGGCAUUCGGGGCAGAUACCAAAAAAAAACUAG